AUGGAUGGAAGAAACCAAACCAGCGUCUCUGAAUUCCUCCUUCUUGGAUUUUCUGACCAACCAGAACAGCACAACUUGCUCUUUGGACUCUUCCUGUGGAUGUACAUGGUCACCAUGGUUGGGAAUCUGCUCAUUGUCCUGGCCGUUAUCUCUGACUCUCACCUCCACACUCCCAUGUACCUCUUUAUCGCCAACCUCUCAUUCAAUGAUAUGUGUUUCAUUUCUACUUCCAUUCCCAAGAUGCUGGUAAAUAUCCAUAGACAAAAUAAAGCCAUCUCCUAUGCUGGAUGUCUCACACAAAUCUAUUUUUUGUUUCUCUUUGCCACCCUGGAUAAUUUCAUCCUCGCCAUGAUGGCGUACGACCGCUACGUAGCCAUCUGUUUUCCACUCCACUACUCCACCAUCAUGAGCCCUCGGCUCUGCCUCCUGAUGUUUAUCGCGGCCUUCCUCGUCACUCAGUUUUAUUCAUUAUUGCACACCCUUCUCCUUCAUCAGUUGUUCUUCUGUGCCGACAAUAGAAUCUCUCACAUUUUCUGUGAGAUUUAUGCCCUCCUUACUCUCUCCUGUUCUCCCACCCACCUUAAUGAGAUCAUUAUUUACACACUGGGAACAGUAUUAUUCCUCUCUCCCCUUUCAUUUAUCUUGGUGUCCUAUGUGCACAUCAUCUCAGCAGUCCUCAAGGUCCCGUCAGCCAGUGGGAGGUGGAAGGCCUUCUCCACCUGUGGCUCCCACCUUUCUGUAGUGACUUUAUUCUAUGGGACUCUGGUUGCAGUCUACUUGCGGCCCUCAUCGACACAUACAGCCAAGGACUCUGCAGCCACUGUGAUGUACGCUGUGGUGACCCCCAUGCUCAACCCAUUCAUCUACAGUUUCAAGAACCAGGACAUAAAGGGAGCCCUCAGCAGAAUCGUGUGGAACAUGAGAUCUUCGUUAGGUGUCAGAGGGCUAUAG